AUGAAGAGGCCUAUGAUAUUUGCAAGAUCUCUUUGGCCAAAGCAACAUCGAGAGGAGAAUACAAGAAAAGAAGCUCGUAGAAUUCCUGACAUUUUUAGAGCGUUCUUCGUUGUUGGUGGGCUGCAGCGUUGGCCUUCUGUACAGCCCAGUGAUUGUGCUGAGAAAGCUACCACAUGGAAUACAUACACUACAGAUCUCGGCAGCAAAUAUAUUGCGCAAGAAGAGGAAAUUGCAGAGGAUAUUUCCGAUGCUUCUGAAAAUAUACUGAUGGACGUAGUGGACUUCUAUAAGCCACAUUUCGAUGUACUCAUGGAUGUUGACCCUUCAACGGUUGCCCUGACCACAGCACAGCCAGGCACAGAAGAAAUUCAGCUAACUCCGCAGUUCUAG